UCAUCAGGGAAGAAGUAAAAAAUCAAAUUGGAAAGCUGAAAGAUGAUAAUCAGCCAGCCAGUCACCAAUCUGAAUGUUCAAAUUCCGCAACCAAACGUCAAGGGAAUAUUUAUAGAAGGUUGAACAACUUGAUAACUCAAGUAGGACAUAAAACGACAGAGAAAGUGGAUGUUAAAAAUAAAAAGAAAGGUUUAAAAACACAGAAGUUGAAGGUUCAAAUCAGAUAUAGUAGAUUUCUUUGUGUUGGUGGACAGGAGGAGGGUACUUGGGAAAUUGUGAAGCAGUGUGAUGGAGGUGGCCAUCGUUUUGUAUUUUUUGAAUGAAGACCAAACAUUUGAUAAGUUGAAAGAGAAGGCCUUGAAAAUAUUCUUCAACAGACUGGGACGAAAUAGCUACAAUGAAGAAGAAUCUGAUGUAGUAGCUACAAUAUGUGAUAGUUUUGGUGAAGAAAUUUUUACCAAUGAAAAUUUACCAAAUUAUUUCAAGAGCAAUGGCCUCUACCCGUCGAAAACUUACUUUGUCCCCAAAGAAGGUCGUAUUUUGAGGAUAUUGAUGAUCAACUGGAACUUUCCCCACUGAAAGUACUGAAAAAAGGAAAAUUUGUUCCGACUGUAGCCAUUCGUAUACAGACACUUGUUUGAUUUGUGAACAAAACAAAGAUUUUGAGGAUUCCUUAAAAAUUGACACUGAGAAAAUUGAAAUUUUAUCAGAUACUGAAGAAGAAAAGCCUGACCUAAUUGAACUACGUAAACGGCGCGGAGAAAUAUUUGAACCUUCCUCUUUUGAAGAUGAUUUACAACAGUUGAGAGAAAUAUAUGAGAACACAAAAUCCCAUACAUUCACCAUCAGAAGACGACAUGUAUUUUCUGAUAUGUUGAAGAAAAUAAAGUUGUUCUUUGAAAACAAAGAUCUUACAAAAAUUUCUGUGGAAUUUACAAGUUUUGGUAUGAUUGAAGGUGGUGUUGGUGUUGGCCCAGGAAGAGAGAUGAUGUCAUUGUUUUACAGUCAGGCCAAGGGGAAGCUGCUGUACGGAUUAGAAAAUAAUGCAGUCUUCAUGCACGAUAUAGCAAAAACCGGUGAUAGAUUGUACUAUUAUUUUGGAAAGUUGGUAGCUGCAGCAGUUUUGUAUAAUUACCCAACACCAAAUUUGUGUCCUGGUCUAUGUUGUUACAUUCUCGGUCUAUUAUCCUGCACAUGCUCGCAUUUGGAUAUACCAGAUUAUGAUGUCAAGCAGAAAUUGAUUGAAAUCAAUGAAUGUACUGACGAAGUAGCUUAUAAUACUCUGGUGCGAAAUUUCCCAGAGCGAGUAGAGUAUGGGUACAAUAAAUUUCCUUCUUAUGAUGAUAAACCCGAAUUUUUAAAAACAGUUGCACACCAUUUUAUUAUAUCCUUGCAACUGGAAGAAAUUCAACAAUUGCAGAAUGGUUUGAAAACUAACAACGUUCUUUCGCUUCUCCAGAAGUACCCAGAAGUGUCAAAGAAGUUUUUUACGUACAGAGAAAAUUGCAUUUGUCCUGAAGAUAUCAAAGCCAUCUUUGUCCCUCACUUCUCAAGUGGUGAGGGAAUGGAGGUGGAGGAAGAUAUUUGGUAUAAUUGGCACAAUUUCAUCGACGAAACCGGCCAAAAGAAGACUCAGAGUGUCCUUGCCUUCACGUUGAAUGACGUUGAAGAUGGCAAGGUAGACGAAUCCGUCAAAAAAGCAAAAACCCUCACACUUGAGGACAUUGUCAUGUUUCUAACAGGACAAUAUUGUUUGUCUCUUCCACCACCGAAAGUGGACGUUUAUUUUGAUCAUAGCAGUGAGGGAAGAGUGAUAGUAUCAACAUGCGUAAUGAAGUUGACAUUCCCAGUCACAUCUAGAUAUAAUAGUGAAAACUUCAGUAAAAACAUAAUAGAAGAUAUCAUAAACGGAGAGUGUUAUGGAAAAGUUUGA